UACAACUUCCGGUUAAAAAAAUUGCGGGUUGUUUGAUUUUUACCAAAAUUUUAGAAACAUCAGCAAAUAUGCAAAGAUCAGGAAGAAUGAAAAAGGAACUAGAAAUGUUAUCUGAAUCUCCACCAUAUGGAAUAUCCUGCUGGUCCAAGGAUGAAAGGAUAGAUCUGUUACAAGCGCAAAUUCUUGGUGGAGAGGGUACUCCUUACCAUAAUGGUAUUUUUACACUAGAAAUCCAGAUUCCUGAAAGGUAUCCUUUUGAACCACCGAAAGUUCGGUUUGUGACCCCUAUCUACCAUCCAAAUAUAGAUACAGGAGGAAGAAUAUGUCUAGAUACAUUGAAAAUGCCUCCAAAGGGGGCAUGGAAGCCAUGUUUAAACAUCAGUACAGUGUUAACCAGUAUACAGUUAUUAAUGGCAGAACCAAAUCCUGAAGAUCCACUUAUGGCUGAUAUUUCUAAUGAAUAUAAAUAUAACAAGACCUUGUACAUAGAAAAUGCCAAACACUGGACUAAACAACAUGCUGUAGAGAAAAAUAUCAGUGAAGAAAAUUUAGUGAAAGCCAAAUCAAUGACAGACACUGGAGUAAAGCGUUCUCAACCGAUGUGUGAUGUAACUAACAAAAAAUCAAGAGAUUCUUGACAAUGCUGUCCGAUGUUGACUUUGAUAUUAUAAUUGCCAUCUACUGUCAUGUGAUCACUGGUGAUCAGACCUGUAUUGAACAUAAUGUCAGCACAUGAGCUGUGUUGGGUAGAAAUCAACCUUUUCCUCCAUAGAGCGCCUUUUGACGCCACCCCCUUUACUCCAUAAUGACGCCUUUUGACGUCUGUGUAGUACCUCAGUUGAAAUGCUUUGACUACAAAGUGUCUGCAGUAGACUAAAUAAAAUGUGUAUCCAAUAUGAAAAGGAAUGUCAUAGGAAUAUCCCACUUAAAUUUAUUGGAUGAAAUAUUUGUUUUUCGCAAUGAAUUAAUACUUGGAAGCAUAUUUUCAGAAUUUUAUUGAAAAAAUCCCAUGCGAAUCAGGUAUGCAAAAAACAAAAAUCAAUGGAGGAAAGGGAUUGCAUGUAUACUUGUACAUGUUGUAGACUCUGAUUUAUUUAGGAAUAAGAAAUAUUAGAUGAAUUGUGGUCUAUUUUGUAGGGGUCUAGUAACAACUCAAAUUUCAAAUGUAGAUUUUUUUCAACCUGAAAUAGGUGAACAGAUGCCUUGAUAUUCAUUUGCAUACAAAUGAUUUUUAUACAAAGUAGCUAACAAUUUUGUUCCAACUAACAGAAGUUUCUUUGAAAACAUGUUUAUAAACAAUGUCAAUAUAUCUGUUUCUGUUGGGACACAUUUUCAUCACCAGUUAUUCCACUAGGAACAUAUACUGUUAUAUAUAUAUAUUCCACAUUAUAUACAUGUCAUUGAAAUAAGGUGUACAAAUAAAUAUUUUAUUGUAAUUUGAAGAAUGUUUUUAAAGUCUAUAGACUUUCAUAAUUCAUAGAUAUCAAGUCUUACUUUUUUGGCUAUCCCUUAUACAUUCAUGAAAUCAAUUUUUUAAAAAGAUUCCAAAAAAGCUUUCAAGACAAUUUUAUUCAAGUCUACAUGUCUUAACACUGUAAUUAUUUUUUGAUUAUUUUUGUUAUUGGGUUACUGUCUCUUUAACAUGAUCUGUUGUUCAUCUUUGAAGACUGCAUACUUUGGUUGUAUUAAACUAUUUAUGAUCAUUCUUGUAUAAGGAGAAAAAGUUCUGUACAAAGGGAGACAACUUUAUUUUUGUAUUAAAUUAAUAUUGUGCCAAAUAAAACAAUGAAAAGAUUCAGA